AUGGAGAUGAGUCAUGAAACAGAUCCUCAGAGAGAUAUAAUGGACUCGGUCUGCAAAACAUGGAAGCUUUAUGAUAAUCCUUACUACUCCUCAUGUUCACAUGCUCAACAGCAUCAGGAGUACCGACACCAACGCAAGGCUUUUAUUUGGGAUCUGAAUUUCGUAAAGGUAUUCAUGGAAUCUGAGCUAGACAAAGCUCGAUCCGAGAUCAAGGAGUUGAAAGCAGAGAUAAGCUACGAGAGGAAAGCUCGGAGACGUGUAGAGUUGAUGAACAAGAAGCUAGCUAAAGAUUUGGAAGAGGAGAGAACGUGUAGAGAAGCAGAGGAGAUGCAAUACAAGAAAGAGAGAUCGUCUGAGAAAUCAGAGAUGGUUCGGAUGAGAAGAGAGCUUGAGGAAGAGAGAGGGAUGCAUAGGUUGACGGAGGUUUUGAGGGAAGAGAGAGUUCAGAUGAAGCUGUCGGAUGCAAGACUUUACUUGGAGGAGAAGUUAUCUGAAUUAGAAGGAUCUAAUAGAGAAAGAGAGAACGAGAAGAGGAAUGUGAUGAUGAUGAUGAAGCCAAAGGUAUUGGAGAGAGCUUGUAGCUUAACGGCGAGUAGGAAGUUGGAGAAUCCGCAUAUUAAGAGAGGGAUCAAAGGGUUUGUGGAGUUUCCAAGAGUGAUGAGAGCAAUAAGAUCAAAAAGUGAGAAUUGGGGUUCAAAGAUGGAGUGCCAAAAGGUUCAGCUCAAGACUCUGCUUAGACAAAAGAGUACAACAAAAUUUGAAAGAAAUGUUUUUUAA